GAGGGUGGAGGGGCGAGCACAGGGAGCUCACGUUGACCCCACCCACUUACGUCGACUAUAAACCCCCUCCGCCUGCCGGCCGCCGGUGGUCGAAGAUUCGCUGGAGUCGAAGCGGCGGGCUCGCCAUGUCUUCCAAGUCGUCAAUGCUUCUCGGCUACUGGGAUAUCCGGGGGCUGGCGCACGCCAUCCGCCUGCUGCUGGAGUUCACGGAUACUUGCUACGAGGAGAAACGGUACACGUGCGGGGAAGCUCCUGACUAUGAUCGAAGCCAAUGGCUGGAUGUGAAAUUCAAGCUCGAUCUGGACUUUCCCAAUCUGCCCUACCUCAUGGAUGGGAAUAACAAGAUCACCCAGAGCAAUGCCAUCCUGCGUUACAUCGCUCGCAAGCACAACAUGUGUGGUGAUACUGAAGAAGAAAAGAUUCGAGUGGACAUCAUGGAGAACCAAAUAAUGGAUUUCCGUAUGCAGCUGGUGCGACUCUGCUACAACUCUGAUCACGAAAAAAUGAAGCCUCAGUACUUGGAACAGCUACCUGGGCAGCUGAAACAAUUCUCCCUGUUCCUGGGGAAAUACUCGUGGUUUGCAGGAGAAAAGCUCACCUUCGUGGAUUUUCUCACCUAUGACGUCUUAGAUCAGAACCGGAUGUUUGAGCCCAAGUGCCUGGAUGAGUUUCCGAACCUGAAGGCCUUUAUGUGCCGUUUUGAGGCUUUGGAGAAGAUUGCGGCCUACAUGCAGUCUGACCGCUUCUUCAAGAUGCCCAUCAAUAACAAGAUGGCCAAGUGGGGCAACCGAAGUCUGUGCUGAGCAGGGCGCACCAGUUGCUGUGUGCUCUCUCCCACUCCCGUCCCCAGGGGGCCUGCAGUCCAUUUUCUCUGCUCUUUUCAAUAAAUUGUGCUUAAACUGG